AUGGACGAGGCCAGCCUGCGGGCCGCCCUGCGGGCGCACGACGCGCAGCUGCGGCAGGUGGAGCGGGCCCUGCGCGCCGGCCCGGACCCCGCGGAGCUGGCCGACCUGCGCCGGCUGCGCGGCGACCUGCAGGAGCUGAUCGCGCUGACCGAGGCCAGCCUGCUGUCCGUGCGCCGGAGCCGCCCGCCGGCCGCGCCGGGCGCCGCGGACGGCCCGGCCCUCCCGGAGGCCGAGCCCGGGGCCGCGCCGGACCCCGCGGCCCCGGGCCCCGAGCCCCAAGCCGGGGAGGCCCCCGGCAGCCCUGGGCCCGCCCGGGAGGCCCCGCGGGCGGCGGAGGAGCCGGCGCGGAGCGGGCGGAAGGUGAGCGCGCCCUUCCGCAGCGCCUGGGGCGCCCUGGAGUACCACAACGCCAUGGUGGUGGGCGCCGCCGAGGCCGAGGGCGGCGCGGCCGGCGCGCGGGUGCUCUGCCUGUACCCCACGCACGCCGCGCUGAAGCCCUGCCCGUUCUUCCUGGAGGGGAAGUGCCGCUUCAAGGAGAACUGCAGAUUCUCCCACGGACAGGUGGUCUCUGUGGACGAGCUGCGCCCCUUCCAGGACCCCGACCUGAGCUCCCUGCAGGCCGGCUCCGCGUGUCUGGCCAAGCAGCAGGACGGCCUCUGGCACCCAGCGCGCAUCACUGAUGUGGACGGUGGUUACUACACCGUCCGGUUUGACUCGCUGCUGCUGAAGGAGGCUGUGGUGGAGGGAGAUGGCAUCCUGCCCCCUCUGCGCACGGAGCCCACGGGGCCCUCGGACUCGGACAGCAGCGAUGCAGACGACUCCAGCUAUGCCAGAGUCCAUGGAGAUCCAGGACCGCGUGGGGCCCAGAGCUGUCAUCGGCGCCCCAGUCACUUUCCUGCCUUUGCAGUGGUGGAACCCAGUGACGCCUCCAGCGGGACCUGCAGCUCCGCCUUCGGCGGCUGGGAGGUGCACACACGGGGCAUUGGCUCCCGGCUCCUUGCCAAGAUGGGCUACGAGCCUGGCAAGGGUCUAGGCCGCCACGCUGACGGGCGGGUGGAGCCGGUGCACGCCGUGGUGCUGCCUCGGGGCAAGUCACUGGACCAGUGCGCUGCCAUCCUGCAGAGGAGGCCCAGGCCCAGUGUGGCUGGCUCCCCGCGGCCCCCGGCAGGCAGGGGGCGCGGGGGUGGGCCCGGGGGCCGGCCACCCCCUCGGAGCGUGUUUGACUUCCUCAAUGAGAAGCUGCAGGGCCCGGCACCUGGCGCCCCGGAGGCGGCAGUGGCACCUGCGGGCAGGAAGAGCGGCAAGGAGGUGUACCACGCAGAUCAGCGCUCCCGCCGGGCCCUGAACCUGCGGCUCUUCCACACGCAGCAGAAGGUGGAGCAGACGCAGCGGGACAUCCGGGGCAUCCAGGAGGCCCUGGCCCGCAACGCCGGCGGGCACAGUGUCACGGCAGCCCGGCUGCAGGAGCGGCUGGCAGGGGCCCAGCGGCUGCUGGGGCAGCUCCGGGCCCAGGAGGCAGGCCUGCAGCGGGAGCAGAGGACGGCGGACACCCACAAGAAGAUGACCGAGUUCUAGGGCCCCCGGCCAGGGGUGCCCAGCAGGGCCCGCUGCCUUCAGAGAGGCCCGCUGACCUCAGCCUCAUGCCGCCCGGGGCGUGGACUCUACUGAGCGGAGGCGGAGCUGCAGAGGUCACUGCUGGACCUUACUUGCCAUCAAGGUCCCCCGCCAGUGUCGUGGGGGCGUCCGCGUCAAGGACAUUAAAGUGGUUUUGUUACCGUGUCCGGCAUCUCUGCUGU